GUGGGGCCGUAGAAACGAAGAACGAUGACGCUACAUGAUGAACUGUGCCGUGUUGUCACCAGCUGUCGGCACGAAGACGAAGAAAAGUGGAUGUGUCUCGGUGGAUUGUGUAUCUACGAACGGACCGUAACGUUUAGCGGCACGUUUAGGGGCUGAAAGGUGGUACCGGAUGACUGGGCGAGACACCGGAGCCUCGUCAGUCUCUCAGUGAUAGUAUCAGAUACAUAACUGAAGGCACCGUUAAGACAAAAACUGUGAUAACGGACUAGUGCCAAUACAGGUCGGAGUUGAAGCCAUUUUUCUCUGCACAGGCAAAGUGCUUUAAAGCAGCACUACCGCCAUCAUGAAUGUGGGCACGGCGCACAGCGAGGUGAACCCCAACACCCGUGUGAUGAACAGCAGGGGCAUGUGGCUGUCGUACAUCCUGGGCAUCGGCCUCCUGCAUGUCAUCCUGCUCAGCAUUCCCUUCGCCAGCGUACCCGUGGUCUGGACCCUCACUAACCUCAUCCACAAUCUGUGCAUGUACCUCCUUCUGCACACGGUCAAAGGGACGCCCUUUGAGACCCCAGAUCAGGGCAAGGCUCGCCUCCUCACGCACUGGGAGCAGAUGGACUACGGCGUACAGUUUACUGCUUCACGCAAGUUCCUCACCAUCACACCUAUUGUCCUGUAUAUCCUAACCAGCUUCUACACCAAAUACGAUCGGGCCCAUUUUGUUGUCAACACUGUUUCCUUGCUCACUGUACUCAUCCCCAAGCUGCCCCAGCUCCACGGCGUGAGGAUCUUUGGGAUUAACAAGUACUGACAAGGCGGAAGAGGACACCUCCUUCCCUAAGUCCCCAUGGACUGCUGAGAGCACACAGAGUAUCAGGCCUCUGAUUUGGCUGCACAUCCACGAGGAUCUGUAGCUCUUUGGCUCCUGACUCUGCUGAGCAGCACUCUAAAUGAAGCCUACUGGGGACACUGCCAUGGUACCAAACCCCAGGAAAAAGACACAGUACUCUGUAGAGAGAGCACAAAGGGAAAGUGUACUGCUGUGAUUGCUUGAGGCCUAUCUCCCUUGAAUUACAAGUUUUCCAGAGACACUUAAAAAGCAUUUGUAAAGGGGGAGUAUUAUGUCCAUUUCUGUAGAAAUGACAAUUUUCUGAUGUGACAGGUGUCAGGGGUAGACGAAAAUGUAGUUGCACAAAUAUCUUGUGCCAUUUUACACUCACUGGUACACUGAGGCAGUUUUUCUUUCUAAUGAUACUCUGCUGUAUUUAUUCAGCUUCACUCCCACGUUAAGCUUCCUCUUUCUUGAGGUUUCUGGGCUUAGAGAAGAAUAACAAGACUUUAAUGAAAUGGUAAGGGACCUGUGAACUGCUGCAGAGGCUAGACAGGAGAAACCACCAGGUUUUAUAUUUAGCCCUCACUCGCUCUGCUCAGGGCCAAGAUUAGGACGUUAAGCAACUCUUAUUUUAUCUGACCAUUUCCAUAUUUGGACUCCUUUUGUCCCGGUUUGUGUUACAGCAAGCCUUCUGUCUGCAGAACUGUCUGAUCUGUUAGCAGAAAUUAUGCACAAGAGCACUCUACUGAUCCAACUCAACCAAAACUUGUGCAAUCUGAGACAAGAGUUAAAUAUUUCUGUCCUUACUUACUCAUAGUUACACUACAUAUGGGGACACAUACUUGCAACUACUCUGUAACAGUACUCAGGACCCAUUACAUUCACAUGAGCCCGUUCUGUCUGCAUCUCAUUUUGGAACCUGCAGGGAAAUUACACACUGAGCUGCCAGUUUAAUAGGUACACCGGUGCAGUCUGAUGCAAUGCAGUACAGUAGCCCUGCAAUAAAUCAUGACAUUGUCAGGCAUUUCUAAUGUUCUCUUCAUCUGUAUUUACAUUCACCCGUCAGCCACAAUAUUAAAAACCAUUAACGAUUUUAAUAUUGUGGGUGAUUGGUGUAUAUGAAGGGAUCAUCAGAGACAUACCUCUCAGCUAUGAGAUACUGACUAAAACAUUCACUCAAUAUGAUUAAAAAUACACAAUUGGAAAUGAAAAUUGGCCAAACAAUUUAAAGCUGCAUCAGUUGACCUUUUAGGUAUUUGGGGGGCACCAAACAAUCUGUAAACACUGACAUCACCGUGUAAAGUUUAUAUGGUGUUAGCUGAAAUGACCUGUUUACAUAUGUAGAUGAUACUGAACAACAUUAGUAUUUGUUUGGAGCCAUUGCCACCUGAUGAAGACCAAUGUUCUUCAUUUAGCUCUGGUUUGGCUUCCACCAGCUUCUGAGAAAAAGAUAUUUGCCUUUCUGCACCAGCAAGUCGCUAACUUUGUUUCCUCUUUGGUGCUGUGCUGAUACAGUGGAUCAUACUCCGCUAAUUUGCAACUGCUUUCACAUUACAUAGUCACAGUUGAUGUAAAAAUACUGAUCAGUGUUAAGAUUCACUUCUUUUACUGAGAUAAAUCAUUGGACAGAUAGAUUGGCUUACUAAAAUUUUAGUCACAGAUUAUUUCUAGAGUGAAGUAAAAUCUGAUCAUCAAGUACACCUCCUUCCUAGUUUAAAUUCCAAGGAAAUGACAGUUAUAUUAUCUGAUGUGCAAAAGGGAUUCUGAAUUUUGUUACAAAGCUGCUUGGCUAGUUUAGUCUAAAAGGUAAUAUGUCACUGCUUCACCGAGAAGUUUGAGUGAACAUAUAUGUUUUACAAGUUUUACAUAUUGCUAGUCUAAUGCAUGUGUAUGAUCUUUUUUUUCAUCGCCCUCAGUGAUGGAAGGCUGAAGUGUCCAUUAACCAUUUCACCAUGGCAAGUCUCAUCUUGAAUUAGUCAGUAAUGUGAAGUAAUGAGUAAUAAUAUUAACAUGUAGGGUGUGAAUCACUGGCUUAACAGGGAUUUGAAUCCUCAACAUGGGAUUUUCGAUUUAAGAAACCACAGUUUAGUAAUGAUCAGCCAAAACUGUAGAUAAACAUGAGACUAUCUUUAUUCACCCACACGGUAAAAUGUAGAUAAAAGCAGAAUACAGCAUAAUCUCAGAAUUACACUUAGUUUUAAACAUGGCAGAAGCUUUUAUGUUUCUGUCAAACUGGAAGACUGGUUUUAAGCGUAAAUCUAGAUUAAAAUAUUGAAUUCUUUCUGUGCUGAACUGAAAUAUGUUUACUGACAUUAGCCUGAACAGUAUUGAUCACACAUUUCACUCUCAGCUCUAGUGGUAGAGGUAGCCAUACUAACACUAAUAGCCUGUUAUUGACAGUAACAGCAGUAGUAGUGACAAAUACCAGUUACAGCUUUUCAGUCCUCACACACAAGGUUAAAUUAUUGUAAUUCACAAUGUUUAUUAUUAAUUAUUGCUGAAACCAAAACGACUCCAUUUAGUUCCUUUUAGCGAAUUGGCAUAAUUUAUAAUUGAUGCAACCGAUAACAAAGCAUGGACCAAAGAUCCAGAUAAUCGAGGAGUUGUAAACAUUAGUUGCUCUGCUGCAGCUUUUAUUUCUUCAUCAUGAUGUUUGUCUUCAUUAUCACCAUAAAGGGCUUUAUUCCAGGACAUGCUAAAAGAUUUUGUAGCACAAAGUGAACAUGCAUUUUACAUGUGUUUUUAUUACUGGACUGUUUAAGACAACAGAUAUAGAAAGAUGGUCGAACUGAAUGUUGAUUAAAUGUGAAACAGUGUGCUAAUGGCUUCUGUUUGUUGGUAACUGUGCUUGCCUUUUGAAGGAAAUGUAAAUGUGAUCUUCUGUAAGAGAGCUUGAUCCAAAAUACAGUAUUUUUCAAGUAUCAUCUCAUAAGUCUUUAUUUACACAUGCUUUAUGUUGCUGUGUCUUAGUUUGUCAGUGUUUCUCUGAAAUUGACAAAAUGUGUUGGCUUUAUUAAAGGAUUAUUUUUCCAUG